AUGGGUGCAUUUCUCUCAGUCCCGUUUCUGUCAUUCAUCCUUCUUCCGGCGAUGUCCUCCUGGGCCACCACCUUCAACAUCCUCUUCUUCUACAUGACCUGGACCGCGCUAGUGUGGUCGCAUCCUCCUCUACGGGUCGAAAUCUUCAGUACAGCUGCCUUUCGGAUAUUUUUCUUUGUGUGUCCCUCAGUGCUCUUCUUUCUCUUUGAUGUUCUCACCCCUUCCGCUGCCGUGAUCAUCAAAGCACAUGGUGAAGCCGGGCUUCCUGGAGGUCGAAAGCGCUUGAAAUUGCGUAUCAAGGACUUCAAGAUUGCAGGAUGGUCAAUCUUCAACAUUUGCUUGGCUGUGCUUAUGCAGGCGGCCAUCGAGUGGUUCUUGACUCGGUUCUUGCGUGUUCGCAGCGCGAUUCGGGUGACUACUCGGAUUCCCUCUCCAUGGACCAUCUUCCAGGAUAUAUUGUUGGGUCUUCUUCUACGGGAGACUCUUACCUAUGUUGUUCAUCGCUACGCCCUUCAUCAUGCGAAGUCACCCCUUACAAAGCUGCAUUGGGCAUGGUACCAUGAAUUGAGCCUCCCUUUUCCUCUCACUGCACAGUACGACCAUCCAUUAGUCUACCUGUUGCACAAGUUCCUCCCUAUCUACCUCCCGGCAAUGUUCUUCCGCUUUCACUUGCUCACAUAUCUCGCCUUCGUCGCGGCCAUUUCCAUCGAGGAAACUUUUGCUUACUCGGGAUAUACCUUCAUGCCGACGAGCUUCUUUCUCGCAGGAAUCGCUCGUCGCAAAGAAGUUCAUCUGCUCGAGGCCGGAGAAGGGAACUAUGGUCCCUGGGGGGUUAUAGAUUGGAUCUCUGGGACGACUAUUGGCGAGACUGACAUUGAGGACGAUGUCCGAAAUGAAGUCCGCGAAAAACAUCUUGAGCAGAGGGUGCGAGACGCAAUGGAGGCCAAUAAUCGCAAGGUGCGCGUGGAUACGUUGCGUCGCAACGGCAAUGGCCGGAGGAGGUAA